UCCCUAACUGUUCUGUUGUCGCUCACGGCUCAUCGCAGAAUGCAAAUCGCGUUAAAUUUAAAAAAAAAAGUUUCUUAUAAAUUACAAAUUAAAAAUAUUUAAAAUUAUAUACGGCUAUAUCAACAUUAUUUUUUAGUGAUCACACAACUAAAUUAGGUUUAAAAAUUAUUCAAGUACUAUAAUCAAAGUAGUCAUUUUCUUUCAUAAAAUGGAGGAUAACUCUUUGUUAGACAUGUCCAAUCAGGAAUUACGAAAGCUACCCAAACAAGAAAAUUGCAAUACUAUCAACGUUUUAGACGUGAGCAAAAACAACUUACAAAAAUUGGAGAAUAUAGAAAAUUAUAUGAACCUCACUGAAUUAAUAGCAAGUCACAACCAAAUGAUGAGGAUGUAUACUGUUUCAAAGUUAACUAAAAUUGUAAAAUUAGAUUUAUCAAAUAAUCAUCUAAUGAGCAUUGAAGGGCUCAGAGAUCUAGUGAAUUUAACGUGGUUAAAUUUGUCAAACAAUAAAAUCAAAAUAAUUGAACAUUUAUCAACCAAUGUGAAUUUGGUGCACAUGGAUCUGUCAUUUAACAGUAUAACAUACAUCACAAAUCUAAGUCAUCUUUUAAAACUAGAACGAUUACAUUUACAUUCAAAUCAAAUAUGCCAUUUGACAAACUGUCAACAUUUUCUUCCGAUCAAUCUUAAUACUUUAACUUUAGCCAAUAACAAUCUCAAUGAUCUAAAUGAAAUAUCACAGCUAUGCCGACUAAACUCUUUAAAAGAAAUUUCUCUAGCAGGAAAUAAUUGUCUAGAAGGGUAUAGUUUCAAUUAUAGGCCUUACAUUGUAAAUUGGUGUCCUAGUGUUAAAAUAAUUGAUGGUUACGCCGUUGAUGAUAUUGAAAAUUUAAAGGCUGAAUGGCUUUAUAGUCAAGGGCAAGGUCGAAAAUUUCACACUGGUCAACAUGCAGCUCUUGUUCGUUAUUUAGCAGAAACCUGUCCAAUUACUAAUCGAGCAUUAGAGACUGAACACGAAAGAAAAUUAAGAUUAGUGUUAAGCAAAGCUCAACAAUAUAGGGAGCAGUUGCACAGAACUUCUGUUUCAAGUACAAACGAGUCUGAACAAGAAUCCCUAAUGACUAGAAGUUUAGAUGCUAGCACCCUAAAGUCUACUUCACAACGGCUAUCUACUGGUCCAGAGAGUUGCCAAGCGACACCCUGUAGUAUGACUCGGAGUGUACAUUUACCUCUGUCGGGUAGUUAUAGUCAGUCACAACCUUUGCCCGCUGCCAGCACUAUGUUACCGAUAUUGGACUCGUUGCCUAGUCCUUUAACACCAGGUGCUCCCAGACAAAAACCAUCGAUCGGCCUACAGACCCCCGCUGGAGAAGAAUCACGAGCACCUACCAUGGAAAAAUUACAAAUGAUAAAAAAUAAAGCAUCAAUUAUGAAUUUCAAUGAAAACCAUAAUGAUCUGAAUAAAGCAGCUACCAUUAUUCAAAAGAUUUGGAGAGGGUAUCAGACUCGUAAUUUAAACAAAACUGUGGCCAAUGUCUAUCAAAAUAUUCAAAUGCUACGUUUUAAUGAACACAUACAACAAAUGAGUAAAGAUUUAGGAGAUACUAAAAGCACGCUUGAAAAAGAACACAAAUUAGUAGUAUUACAAAUGCAGGCGAUUAAUGAAUUGUGGAAAAAAGUGAAUAACAUUGAUAGCCGAAUUGGAGGAAACAGCAACAGUGAUGGGGAUUUUAAAUGUCUGGAAAAUACGUGUUCUGCACUUGAUGUAAAGGUUCAACAACUACAAAACUCUAUGGAUUUAAUACUCCGCUGUGUUAGUCCUUCCUCUACCAGCGUGGCCGAAACACAAACUGAUAUAAUUGCUGUUCAGACUCCAGAUUCGUGUUGUCAAAAUUCCAGCAUAUUGGCGCGUCCUAAUUUUCUUCCAUUGACCAAAUCUAGCAUCAAUCACAAGAAAUCUAGCGAUAACAUGUUAUCAGAAGUUUAAAGCCUGUAUUUUAAUACAUAAUAUGUUAUAUUGUGUAGGUGCAUGUGUGUAUUUUUAUGCGUAUAUUAUUACAAAAUCUAGUCAAGCCGACAAAAGCGAUUCCUUUUUCUAAUGAAACUUUUUAAUCAGUAUUAUUAAACAUUGUAAAAAUUGAUAUGCUUGUUACUUUAAUAACAUAUAUUAUAUAUAUUGUAUUUAUAUACUUAUGUAUUUAUUUAAUAAAACAAGUUCAAUAACAUCUCCGAUUUAAUUGUGGAAAACAAUGUCUGGCAUAUUAUGCCAGACCACCUUCACUGAGUCUGCAUGUGAUGAUGCGCUCGAUGAAAUUGGCGCGACGGACGGGAGUCACGGUAGCUCGCGCAGUCGGCCUGUGCCUUGGGAGUCAAACCGCGGGCGCCCGUCCGUUGCGCCAAUUUCAUCGAGAUUGUCAACACAUGCAGACUCAGUGAAGGUAAUAUGCAAGACAUUGUUUUUCAC